AUGGUGCGCAUACUGCCAAGCCUCGUGUCGCUGGGCGUGGUCUCCCUGUUCUUGCUGUGUAAUGCCGACAGCGUAGCGGCAAAGAAGGGCAAGCAGACUGCCAACCUGCAGCAAGCACUCACCGCCAAAGCGAAAGUUGCGGAUGCCAACAACAAGCUGGGCAUCAAGGGAGCAGCCAGGGUGGCAGUGAAUGCAAAGAUGGCCAGCGUCACGGCUCAAUCCGGGUCCUUGACCACCUUUUGCUCUCGCUUCAUCUCCUCCUGCCACGACAUCUGCCUCGCAAAUCAAACCGGUACUCAAAAGGUCGUGUACUGGUGCGAAAAAGCUUCAGCGGUCACCAACUCUGGCACCGGCUUCACCUUUGGUUGCAAGUGCAACACAAAGGAGAAGACCACCAGCGCUCUCAAUCGCGUCAUUGGCAUCAAGCCAGACAAGGCCGUGACGGUGACAAAGAGCAGCACGACGACAAAGACCAACACGGCCACUGCCACUGCCACCAGUUCCAUCACCGUCCUCACCACCACCACUGGAACGCAGACCGUCACGAGCACUCUCAGCAUCGUCCUCGCGACUCCCGGCGCAGUUGUGGCUGCGGGCUCGACCAAGGAGGAUGUCCUCGUCGUAGCUAUUCCCGCCAAGGUGCAGACCGCAGCUGCAGCUAGUGUCGAUGCGGAAGCGGAUGCAGCUGACGGCACUGCAGCCUCUCGCGGUGCUGGCGGCGCUUCCAUCAAGGUCCGCGAUGGUACGCACCACAAGCAUCACGGCAUGCUGCGUCGUCAAAAGGCUACCGUUGCACGCUUCUGCACGGCUUACAAGGCCUCCUGCAGCAAAGAGUGCUCUGCCAUCUCUUCUUCCGUCAGAACUUCGACCUGCGAGCGUACCACCAACGGUGCGGACAACGACACCUACAACUUGCUCUGCAAAUGCAAGAAUGGUAAACCCCGUACCCAAGGCGCUCUGCGCGCUCUGAUCGGAGGAGGCUCCCCCACUGAUGGCGAUCAAACCUUCACCUCUGUCGUGUCGGUCGUGAGCACCAAGGUCACCGACGUCUCCUACACCACCACGCUCAAGCAGACCACCACCAAAACCUCGACAGCGACCGCUACGGUCACGACCACCAGCCUAAGCAUCGUUGCUCCUACCGGUGUCGUUCGCGUUGAUAUUCCAGCUCAACCGUCGCUGGGUGUUGAUGAGAAGCUUUCGGGCUACAUCAAGAAUCCGACCGGUACGUGGGGUUACCAAAUGUCUGUGCAGUCGCUCGACAAGGACGCAAGUCGCGUCGCGUUGGUGCAAUCUCCCGAUCCUGCCACUCCCAACGUCUUCUCGCUGCUGCUACUCGACAUUCAAGGCGGCUGGAUGUUGGGCUCUUCGGUUCCCUUUAGCGGAGAAUACCCUCGCGACGAGGUGACGAUGGGUGUUGCCACGGACUGUCCCAACACUGGAAUGGCCUUCUUGGAGAUGAUGCCUGGCAUGCUCCUUCCAGGUCUGAGCGUCGUGGCCGGCGGGACUUACAACGGCUUCUACGAGACCUACAACUUCUACAUUGAAGGCGACGGUUUUGCAAGUGAUGCAGUCACCUCUGGUGGCGUGCCGCUUCAGACCAAAUGGUUCGAGCUAGACGGCACCACCGUCGACACUGAAAUCUGGCUGAGUCCCGACGAUCCCAAGAACAGCGCUUCGACAUUGUCUACGGUCGUCAAGGGAUGCAGACGCAGCGAUGCGCUCACGGCUAACCUCGUGUUCGAGCCGCAAGGCAACCUGUCUGAUCUGGGCAACUCCAACUAG